CUUCUCCAGUGGCAGUGUUGUGAGAGAAGGAAAAUAGAGAUUUUUAAAGGCUCGUGCCUUUUUGGGUUUGUGUGAAGGCUUUGCUCAGCCCGAGCAACCACAGAACCGCAGAAGUUCGGCUCGGGACUUUUUUUUUGUAUGGGGCUACCGGCAGUGCGUCAAUGGUUAAUUGUCGAUGCUCAACUUCAGAUUUGAGGACCAGUAAGUACGCUUCAACCACACUGUCUAGUGCAGCGUGCUUGGCUCCAUCAUAUCCAAAAAGGUGACAUUUUUUUCCUAAACCAGAACUGGUCAUUACUUGUGGUUAAGAACAUAGCUGAUACCAAAGCAAUAUUCUUGUGGAUGUUUUUUCGUACAUCUUACCCUGGCACCGUGCAUUCUCCUAACUUAAAACUCAUCAAGGGUCAACGACAACCGCAGAGGACCAACAUUUUUAUGCCAAGUGACCAAAGCUGGCGACCAACAUGGCAUCUAACAGCCUCUUCAGUUCUGUGACCUCAUGUCAGCAGAACUUCUUCUGGGAUCCCAGCGCCGGACGGAGGUUCAGUCCGCCGGUAUCGGUGAAAAUGAACGAUGUGAACUCCAGCGCGGGACAGCAGCAGCAGCAGCAGCAGGAUAGCGCUGUGGUGCCAAGACUCCGUGCGCAAGAGAACCGCUCCAUGGCCGAGAUCAUCGCCGACCACCCCGCCGAACUGGUCCGAACCGACAGUCCAAACUUUCUCUGCUCGGUUCUGCCUUCUCAUUGGAGAUGUAAUAAAACCCUACCAGUUGCUUUUAAGGUGGUGGCCCUUGGGGAGGUUUCUGAUGGGACGGUGGUCACAGUGAUGGCUGGGAAUGAUGAGAAUUAUUCAGCUGAGCUCAGGAAUGCCUCAGGUGUCAUGAAGAACCAGGUGGCCCGCUUCAACGAUCUGCGCUUUGUGGGCCGAAGUGGAAGAGGGAAGAGCUUCACCCUGACCAUUACAGUAUUCACAAACCCACCGCAAGUGGCCACUUACCACAGAGCCAUUAAGGUCACGGUGGACGGACCGCGAGAACCCAGGAGGCACAGGCCGAAGUUGGACGACUCACCGAAAGCCGGACUCUUCUCCGACCGGCUGAGCGAACUAGAGCGUAUCCGGCAGACCACUAUGAGGGUUACCGUGCCAACGCAAACACCGCGGCCUUCCCUUAACAGCCCAAACUCCUUCACGCACCAGGGGCAAACACAGAUAACAGAUCCACGUCAGGCUCAGUCUUCCCCACAGUGGUCAUAUGACCAGGCGUACCCAUCAUAUCUGAGUCCCAUGGCAUCCCCGUCUGUGCACUCCACCACCCCCCUUUCCUCCAGCCGAGCCACAGGCCUGCCCUCCAUCAGCGAUGUCCCCAGACGCCUCCCAGGUUCAACAGAUUUGAGUCCUUUUCCUGGCCAGUUUGAGCGUCAAUUCGCCGGGUUUUCCUCAAUCACCGAGAGCCGGUUUUCCAGUCCCAGAAUGCAUUACCCAGCUACCUUCACGUACACGCCAACCCCUGUCACCACAGGAAUGUCUCUCGGCAGCGCCCACUACCACACCUACCUACCCCCACCUUACCCCGGCUCCACCCAGAACCAAAGUGGACCCUUCCAGAGCAGCAGCACGCCCUAUCUCUACUAUGGCCCCUCCUCUGGCUCGUACCAAUUCUCUAUGGUUCCAGGGGGGGAUCACACACCCACACGGAUGAUGCCACCUUGUACUAGCGCCUCCACAGGGACCAGCUUGGUCAACCCAAAUCUCCCUGUCCAGGCUGAUGGAAGUGGAGGGGUUGAGGGGGACGGUAGUCAUAGUAACUCCCCCACUCUGCUCAAUCCUGCUGGUAGAAUGGACGAAGGUGUAUGGCGGCCAUAUUGAUUGAACAAUGAUGCACGUAAACAACAAAGAUCUGUCCCGGUCUGACGGAAUCUCCAAAGAAACGGCAUGGUUUUAAAGCACAAACCUUGGGAUUUUCAUCCUGUUUUGCUGGACUACUUUCCUUCGCUAUGUUUUCAUUUCAUUUUUAGUAUUUAUGAACUAAUUGAAAGGGAAGUAUUUUUUGUACAUUGAUAUCUUUGCGACUGUUAAAUCUAUGGCUGUAAUAAAUUAUUCUGGACCUUUUGACCUCUAGGAAACAUUGUCCUAGGUGGCAAUAUUUGGAAAUUGAAGGAACAGAGAUGGUUUGAGUAUUUCAUUAGCAUCAUGUUUUUAUUUACUUGGCAUGUCUUUAAUAUAUAGUUUAAAGCACUGAACAUCUGUCCAAGACAAUUUAGUGUGAGAAGACACUUUUUUGCUUCUUUUUUUUUACUCAAGCAUGUAAGAUAUACAUAUUUUAUAAAAUAAAAUAAGGAUUUAAAGUAACUUAUAAAGCCAUAGAUUAAUUAAUGUAUUUGGAUCUUGAGUUAUAGAUGGAAUAUUUUUUGUAUGUCAUCUAUUUUUUAAUGCAAGUAAUUUAGUGUAAUGAAAAUUUCUGUGCCUUAAAUUUUAGCAUACUGAUCACACACAGUUGUAUUUUUUAGUCGGUUUAGCACAUUCAAAAUGAUAUGUAAUAAGCUUCUUUUUUUCUUUUUUUUUUGUCGGAGUACUAAACGUUUCACAAAUGUCAACAUAAUAAAAUGGUAACAAAUGGUUUUUAAAGCUUUAAACCAAUGAAAUGGACAUGGAUGCUCUAAAGUGUUUGCCAGUGUGUAUGAUCAAGCUUUCUUUGAGUAGCAUGCAUGUGCUGGGAUAAUUUAUUUAGCAUUUACAUUGUGUAAUUAUUAGAAAUUUCUGGGAAAAUGUACUGUACACAGCAUUUACUGUACACAGAUUUUCUCACCUGAGAACUGGAGCAAUUAUCGGACCAAAGGACACUACACAGUGUGGUGCACUAAAUUAAGGCACUACAUUACGUAUCGUAACAAUGAAAAUAGAGUAAGUUCCAAUAAUAGUUUAUUUGGGAUGUGACUUAUUUAUGCUGUUUGAAAUUUUUCAAACAUUUAGCUCCGUUUUAUUCCACUGUAAAUCUAGGAUAUAGUGGUGCAUUGUCAAUUUUGCUUAUGAACAUCAUGUUGAAAAUGAUUGUCUGGAAUUUAAACAGUUUUCCACAAAUUGAAUCUGGAAUUCUGUAACUUGGGUUAAAUUUCUUUAGUGCCUUACAGUUGAAACUAUCAAAACCUCAUGGAACUAUGGAAAGUUUUAGUCUGCUUUAAACAAAAUACUGCUUAAAAAGCCUAUAUUUACGCAAUCAAAUGAGAAAACCAAAGCUCUUAAAUGUUUUUUAUGUUGAAAAUUUAUUCUCUACAGCCUUAUUUACCUGAACAUUGGUCCAGUGUUGCUUUGCUGGUAGAACUAGUCAAGGUUUCUUUUGACUGCUUCAUAUGAUCAGGGCGUUUACCUACAAAUUUGAAUAGCUGUGAGUGUGUACAAAAUGUUUACAACAUUCUGAGUGUGUGUUGUAUAUAGGAAUCAAAUACACCACCCCUGUUUUGUUGAAUUAUUAUCUAUUUUUCCUUUGUAAAUUAGUAUUUAUCUCAUCUGAUGAAACGGACAGGUAAACUAAGAGCAAUUUGUAGCAAAUUUGUCUCUGGUUCUUGCAUGCUUUCCUUUGCACAAUUUGUUUUUCUUCCCCAAGUCCUUUUUAUCUUUAAAGACCCCACAAACUCACUUGACAAGUUUAUUUUCCUGUGUUGACAACAUGAUCACACUGGAAAUCGACAUGUAGCUUCCGAAAGUUCAUGUACACUGAAAUCAACCCCAUUUAGCUGAAUUACUGAUAAUCGCCAUACCCUAUCAGACAUAUUUGCAUUGAUUUUAUCGUAGACACAUUUCCUUCUAGCGAUAUUGAUAGCAUGUUGCGUGAGCAACCUCAGAGUCAUGGGUUCUGGUUCCAUGGAAAUCAGCAUGUAAUCACGUUCACAUAAAACAAUGGUCAGCACGAUUUAUUUUGUGUUAGAAUUAGGGUUGGGUUUGAGUUCGAGGGUUAGAGGCAUUUCUGUUGACUGUAUUACAUUAUUUACAACUAAUAUACACUUUGUUUUGGCGACACCCUGAAACUAAAGCUCACACAUGCUUAAAGGUUUAACAGCACUUCCAGCUUCGGCCACUGGGGGCAGUGAUUUGAAUAUCGGUAAGCACUGACAAAUUUCAGCAGCAAAACGUUCAACCUACUGUUGCCGAAUACACUGUAACUUCAGACUGGUCUUGAAGCAUUUCCUAUUGAAACAAAAAAUUGGGGCUGUUCAAAGUUUGGUGUUGUAGGUGGAGUGGUCAGUUUAACACCCUAGAAAACAUUUUAAUGGAAAUAUAUGUGGAUACACCACUGAGUGCAGGAUAAGUAAUAAAAAUAUUUCAUCCAUUUCGCUAAAUGAGAAAAAACUGUACAUUUUAAAUACAAAAACAUAAUUUUGUCAACGUUUAUGAGUACAAUAGCGUAUAGAUCACCUCAACACCUAUAGACAUGCAAUAAAAGCCACAAAAGUCCAAUUGUGAUUUCAUGGGGUCUUUAAUUCUGGAUAAAUUGAGGGUUCAAGGGGAAAUUAUCAUGACAACAGUGAAAGAAAUUGGCUUUUUUAAUUGUUCUAUGUUGUUAACAUUUUUCUUUGUAAGGGAAAUAAAAAGAGAUUUU